AUGCCAUCAUUCGUUGAAAAGCAAUCUAGAAGCCCUCACGAAAACGAUUCCCAUGUCGAAGAAAAUGGUUCCUCAUUCGACCUGAUUGGAGCUCAUGUUAACCCCAAUGCCCCCCAGGAUAUCACAUUUCAUCUGGAGAUUGAGGCUACGGAGGACCUGGAAGAGGACCUUGAAAGCUUUUCGAGAUUGAGAAGACUUGGCCAAUUUACUGCGGCCAUGAAUCAUUUCAGGAGAUGUCUUCUUAACUCUUUGGACAACACAUACGUUCUCGUGCAAUAUGGCCAGUUUCUAUUGGAGUCGUCCGAUAUCAACGGCCUGAGCCAACUUGCGGAGAAGUUCGCCGCCAAACAAUAUAACACUCAUCUGGCAGUCGACGACGAAUGGUUCAUGAUUCUACUGCGAGCGUCCAUUCUCACCUGUGACCCGCUGCCGGCGUUGUUGUCUCGGAGAGAUCGGUCGACCGUCUCCAGAUAUCUGUUACAGGUUAGCUGGCCUAGACUUGAUUCUACAGAGAUUCAAGUAUUAUACAACACUCAAGCACUUUCAAUGAGCGCCUUGGAUGAUUUCGACUCCCUUUCCAGUUAUACUCAGUCUCAGGACAAACACUGCAGUCUGAGUCAUGCCUCAACGUACCUGAAGGUUGCUCAACAUUAUGCUGUGGAGGUUCGGAACCGGAACCCCGCGAACCUCAAAUCUCGGCCGUAUCUUCAAUGGGUGCUUGCCAAGUUUCGCCUGCAGCAGUCAAAAAAACCGGCCGCCGGCCACCUUGCGCUUAUUGAACAUCUCAGCAAGCUUCCGGGAGACACAGUUUGGAGAUACGGAAUGUUCCCGUUCCGCGAUCUGACCGUCUAUGUUCCGCGUGCAGACGAGGCCCCUGACUGGAAACUGGAAUCCUUUGUGUCUGAAGAAGAGCACGAGGCCACAAAAAUGGUGCACAAAGUUGCGACCGAGCUUGGAGACAUACAAUUACAGGCGGCGUGUCUGCAGCUGAUGAUCUAUUGA